AUAAAAACUAAUGUAAAUGUGCCUUAUGAUAUGAAUAUGUAGCGGACGAAGGAAAACUUUGGUUUGUUGAUUUAAAACUAUCAUAAAAAGUAGUAUCAUGGCGUCUAAGAUCCGUGUGGACAAUACCGUUAACGAACGUCGUUUACGUCCGAUAUAUAAUUGGUUGGAUAAUGGAAAUAAUAAAAAAGCUCUUCAAGAAGCAGAUAAAGUACUUAAAAAACAACCAAGCAAUCAAUGUGCUAGAGCGCUCAAAGCUUUGGCUUUAUUACGACUUGGUAAAGAAAAUGAAUGUCAAAUUAUUAUGGAUAAAGUACGUUCAGAGAUUCCUUGUGAGGAUUGCACUUUGCAGGUCAUGAGUAUUUGUUAUAGAGAAAGACAUCAACCUGAUAAAAUUAGUGAAGUGUAUGAAGCUGCAGUUAAAGUAGAUCCUAGCAAUGAAGAAUUAUUAACACAUCUUUUCAUGUCCUAUGUUCGUCUUGGUGAUUAUAAAAAACAGCAACAAACAGCACUUGCCUUAUAUAAAUUAAAACCAAAAAAUCCUUAUUAUUUUUGGGCUGUGAUGAGUAUAGUUAUGCAAGCUAUUCAUGUAGAUGAAAAGUUAGCAAAAGGAGUUACUUUACCUUUAGCAGAAAGAAUGGUAUUGAAAUUAAUUAAAGAGGGAAAAAUGGAAGCAGAACAAGAAGUGCAACUUUACUUAAUGAUAUUAGAACUUCAAGGUAAAAGUGAAGAAAUGUUAAAUGUUUUAUCAGGACCCUUAGCUUCACAUCUUUCAUCUGUUUCACAACAUAAAGCAGCACUUUUAUUAAAAUUGGAACGUUUUUCUGAAGCGGCUAAUGCAUAUAAGGAACUCAUUAGUGAAAAUGUUGACAAUUGGACAUAUUAUCAAGAUUAUCUUCUUGCUGCUCUUAAAUGUCAAAAGCCAGAAGAAUGUUUAAAUUUUUUUAAUAAAAUUAUAACAACAUCUGAGAAAAAAUUUAGAGGUCCUUAUCUUGCAAAAUUUGAAUUAUUAAAACUUACUCAAAAUGAUGAUGUUAUUGAAAAUGUUAGUGAACCAAUUGAUUUAAUGUAUCAAUAUUUUUCACAAUUUGGAGAAAAAAUUUGUGUAGUUGGAGAUUUACGUUUAUACUUACAUUUAUUAACAUCUACAGGAAAGCAGCAGUUAAUUCAGAAGAUAGAAGAUGAUGUUGGUGUUAAAUCUGAAGGAUUUCCAACUACUGUACAACAAAUGCAAAAACAUAUUCAUUUAGAACAAUUACGUCGUAUUUGUGGUUUUCAUUGUCCUCCAUAUGUUGAUAUAAAUAAACAGAAACAAUUAGUAGAACGAUUAUGUAAAUUAUAUAAAAAGGGUAAUGAAUUAUGCCCAAUCCAAGACAGAUUACCAACUGAUUUUUGUCCAGCGGAUUCUUAUAUUCUUUUAGCAACGCAUUUAUUACAUGAAUUAUGGUAUAAUACAAAUGAUGCAGUUUAUCUUUAUAGGGCAAUGGAAUUAUUAGAAUGUGGUUUAUUAUCAAGUCCUGCUAAUUUUUAUAUAAAAAUUCUAUUAGUACGAAUAUAUUUAGAAGCAGGAUUAAUUGGUGCUGCAGAUCAUGUUUUUAUAUUGGAUGUUAAACACAUUCAGUUAGAUUCAUUGGGUUAUUUACAUGCACCAUUACUUGCUCCACUUGGCCAUCUUUCAUUAGCUUCCAUAACGUUAGAUCAUACAACUAAAUUUUUUAUUGCAAAUUACAAAGAUAGUGCAGAUCAUUUAACAUUUGCUUAUAAAUAUGGAAGUUUUGUAAAGAUUCAAGAAUUUGUGGAGUUAAAAGAACGUUUGGAAAAUUCUUUUCACUUUGUUAUGACUACUGUAGAUAAAAUGCUUCUUGAAUUAAGUUGGUGUAAUAGUUCCGCAUCUUUAAUUUCUACUUUAGAUAAUAUGGAUAUACAAUUAACUGAAGAUUCUGUUCGAUUGAAUUCUUUACGAGAUAACCGUGAUUUAGAGGUUGUUCCUGGAUGGGAACCACUUACAGAAAAUGGUAAAGAUUCUAGAAUGCAAGAAGAAACACGCAUAUGCAUGCUGAGAUUACUUGCAGUAAGGGAUUUGAUUUUAAAAAUUUUAGCAGCAUGCGUAGCACCUGAUAGUUCCUCUCUUCUUAUUCGAUUUUCUAAUGAAUUAAAACAAUUGAAUAAUGAGCAAAUUCCUUCUAUUCUUCAAAAAUUUGAAUUAGAGGGAAAAAAGAUUAGAUCAUGUAAAAUGUUAGUUCCUAUGGAUGCAGUUGAAAGGUUAAGCGAAGCUUAUUACUCCGAGCAACUGAAGACAAUCGCCCGACUUGCAGAAUCACUUGCACAGUCACGUUAUCCUGAUCUUGAAUGUAUUCAAAUGCUGCAGACUUCACCAUGUCUUCAGACGAUAGAUAUUCCUGAAAAAAGAAUUCCAGUGUCUUUCAAGCAUUUUUUAUUAAGAGCAUCCACAUGUAGUGAAUCUCUUGCAAUUAUUAGUGCCAUAUGUACUCUGUGUGCAACGCAAUUACAGCCUAAGACUUCGCAAAAAAAGAACAAGAAAAAAUGUAACAAACAAAUAGCAUCUCUUCCAUUAAAUGAUAAUGACCAUAAUUGGAAAGAAGUAGCGAUAUUACUUGAAGAGCGAAUUCAAAAUUUAGAUUCAGUAUUGUCAGAAUUUGAAAAAUAUCAAUUACAUACAGGAUUAAAUAAUGACGAAGAUGUGUGUGCUACAAUAAUUAAAUAUGGACAGGAUAGUUUGGGACAAAGUUGUAGAUCGUUAAAAUCUCGAGCUCAAAUCACUUUAAAACUUUUAACUAAUUUAAAAAGCUGAAAUUGUACGAAAACUCUUGUACAAAGAAUAUCCAUCCAACUAUUCAUUGAUUUUUAAAAACGAAUCAUUUAUUGUGUACAUAGUUCUUAGUCCUAAUCAAUUAUAAAUACCGACUGAAUUCUUUAAAUGCUGCAA